AUGAAAGUUAUGAAUAAAAAUGAGGAUUAUCUGAUAGCUUUUAACUUCAGGGUCCAUAAAAACUAAAAAUUUUUUUGGUUUUGUCUGCUGGCUUCUGUUAAAUUUGUAAAUUUUUAUCACAUGAUAUAGCGUUCAUGGUGGAAUCAUGAAAGCCUUUUAAACUUUGAAGCAUAUUUAAAAAUACUCUUAAGAGAGAAGGAAGAAAAAUACUAGUUUUCUGCUCUAAAAGAUAAUCAAAGUUUAAUUUAGCUACUUAAAUAAUUUAUGUAAUUAAAAGAGAGGCAUGAAAAUACAAUUUCUGAGUUUAAUUCAUCAACAUAUAAUUUCUUUUAGAGGCAAUAAUAUUAAAAAUAUAUUAUAAUUAAAAUACAUAAAUUAUUUAAUUAAUAUUAUGAAAUAAUUUUUAUGGAUUUUUACCGCAACUCUUUUCCAUUACAUUAUUAAGAUUGA